CAAGACUUAAAAGCCCACAACGUCGUCAUCUCAAUGGGUUGUACCCAUAUCAGUGAUUUGAAAGUUAAAAAGUUAAAACCCGCUUUCCCCACAAACUAUUAGACGACAAAAACUCCCGCCGUUCCGAUAACUAUUACCCAAAAUGGUUCUUCCCUGUCACAAGUACUCCCCCAACCAAAUUAUCCCAAAAUAAAAAUUACUGUACAUAUUCUUCCUUUUGUUUCUCAAAAAAAAAAUAAAUAUAACAAUGCCAAACGUCAUCAACAAGGAUGAUGAAGACGAUCAGAAAAAGUUGCCUAGAAAGGAGAAAAUGGAACCUCCUAUCGAUAAUGAUGAACAGGAUUUUACCCAACGCAGAUUUAUCCGUUCCGGCUAUCUUUCCAUUCAGAACUUAAUCCGCGAUAGAAGAGAUUUGAUAGCCGCACCUACUUCCAACAAGUUUCUCAGUAUUAUUGAUGAGGUUGAGGGAAUGCAUCAUCACGUCAAGAAACCAAGAGAACAGGUUUCUGAUGCGGAAGCCUUACGAGAACUCUCUACCACAUUGUUGGCUUCCAUAAAGGUGCAGAGCACUGGAAGUUUAACUCCAUCAGUAUUUGUGUCAAGUGUGAUCACCGAGUAUGGGAAGAAGAGGGUUGGAAGAGGAAUUGAUGAAUGUGUCGAGAUUCUAUGGCAGGACAUUGGUUUGCAUGUUUCGCCACUUUUCAUGUUUUCUGGGGGUUCUUGCACCAUGCUAGGACACAUGAAGCAUGAACCUAUACCCCUAAAGGUUUACACUUCACGGAAACGCCCAAGGUCAUCCGUAAAGGUAGAAAAGGUGAAGCCAAAGGAGCUUGAAAGUGCCAUCUCUAAGGAGAAGUCUGAAACUGAUAAGACUAUUGCCACAAUGUUCGAUGUUCUGAAGUGCAACACAAAUGUUUGUCUUGAAAACCUCAUUAUAAAUAGGUUAUCAUUUGGGCAAACUGUGGAGAAUUUGUUUGCCUUGUCCUUUCUGGUAAAAGAUGGCAGGGUUGUAAUAGUUGUCGAUGAAAAAGGCUCUCAUCAUGUUUCACCAAGGAACGCUCCUGCAUCUGGUAGUAUAAUGUCGGGAGAGGUGGCAUACUCUCACUUCAUCUUUAUGUUUGGCUUUAAUGACUGGAAGUUAAUGAAGGAUUCAGUGGCCGAAGGUUCUGAGCUGAUGCCUCAUAGGAGCAUACUGAAUCAUUGUGGUGCUUCUCAAUCCGAUACACAAAUUCACACAGUACUCGAACUACAGGUGCCACCACAAAAACGCAACAAGAAAUCAAGUGAAGUCUGAUGGGUCUCAUAAGAAUGGUAGCAGUAGUCUCAGUAAGAUAAUGUUUUUGGUGCCUUCGCACAGAGGUUACAAGUAAAUAACUUAGUAUGAGGCGUUAGAUUUUUUGGUAUUUGCAGAUAAGUGAUGUUGAUAGGCUAGCCUCUUUUAGCUGUUACAUACUUAUGUGUCACAAAUGCUCACCAUAUUGCUUCAGAUUUAUAUCUGAACUGCUGAGCAUAUAUUUUGUUGCCAAUAGUAACUGUUUCAUGUAUCCAUCUUGUUUUAUCUAAUGGCUAUCACUA